GGCUGCUCCACCCUCAGUGACAGUCAGCAGGUAGACAGUAAAUGAGAUCCCAGGGGAGGGAAGCAGAGAGCAGGGAACGAAACAUUGCAAUCCACAGCCUUCCUCUUCUCUGAACAACUUUCCAGGACUCCGUUUGAAAUCUGUUUUACAAGUCUUCUCGUGCUGUUACACAACUUUUUAAAUUGCAUCUUUCAAACGUAUCGAUCCCUGCUGGAUUUCUGUGCAUAAUUUACACCAACGGGUUUGAAUUUCGUGUCUUAAAUGAGCUCGUUUUGAUUCUAUGGAAACCUGAGCUGGAAUGUGCUGGAAGUGGCAGCUAGGGAAACUGUUUUGAAAAUUAAUUGGAAAAAGUUUUGUAUACCCAACCCGUGGAGUGAUUACAAAACGUACAUGUGGGUAAAAGGCUGAUGGAUUAUACAUUCUAUAUAUUAUUGAUAUAUACAUUUUCUACGAGUCUGUCUUAGUGUAAGUUUUUGUUUUUAUUUUUAUGGGCAGUUCGGGUAACUACAAUGUUUUUACCUGCAUUAUCAUGGAGUAAUGUUUGAGGAUCUGGGAUCAACAUUUCUUUCGCUUGCUUGGAAUCUUUCCGUCUUAGUAUAAAACACAACUUCUAAAGCAACAUGAACACGCUGUUUUUAUUCCUAUGGUUUGUGCCUGUAACCCUCGACUUCAGAGUUUGAUAUACACAUUGUUGUAGUGUACUGAAAUGUUCAUUUAAAAGUUCCCAGCGUUGUUUCAAUUCAGUAGAUCACUUUGGAAAAUCUCUUUUUAACUCUUUAUAUACUUCAAACUAUAUUGCUGAUAUUUUUUGGUAUUCUAUAUUUGCUGGGGAUUAACUGGAAUCUUCGUUGUUUUUUUAAGUCCUUGAAUGUUACAAGUGUCCAGCGGAGUUCAAAUAGACUUGACUAUUUUGUUAAAGUUUUGAAUGUUGUGCAGAAGCCGAGUGAAGCUGGGUUUCCUAACCGGAGGGAAUCCCCAAACUUGACUCGGUUUAAACACACCAAACUCCCUGGAUUAAACACAAGUAGGUCCAGCAAAUGAGAUUAAAACUUCCCUUGGGAAAUCUGGAAUCUUAAAAUGUGGACAGUCAAAGAGAGCGUCCCCAUUCCUGCAUCCAUUCAGACUGGAAGUGUUCACAAAGCGAAAAACAAGCAAGAUCUGUAAAAAUAUGUACAAGUAUGUUUCCUUAUGCCUUGUCGAAUUACCACUGCUGUCGAAUUUACUGAGGGUUUCUGCAGGAGUUCAACGAAUUCAGCAGACAGUUUAAUAAUAGGUGUUGCGUUUUGUAGAAACUUUUUUUUUUUCGUUGAGUCGUUUAUGUAAUGCAGUACAACACCACACGUAUAUUUCAUGUUUUUGAAAGUAAGAAAGUUGCACGUUAUCAGCCGAAAACUCUAAUUAGUAAAAAGGCUGUGGAAUUUUUGAUAAUAACUUUGAACCAAGGAGCCAUACUUUUUAAGAAGGAAUAAAUAACAAUAAACCUGCAAUUAAACGUGAUAUUUUUCUCCAGGCAACCCACGUGCAAAAAGUGUUUUGGAUACAAUUUCAAAAGGCUUGAUUUUUCCAACAGGUUGCAGUGAUAUAUAUAUAUAUUUUCCCUCAAUCCUUUUUUUUUUCGUUUUUGGAUAUAUAUUUUUCUAGCUAGCUUGAGUACGCUGUCAGUCAGCCUCCCAGUGCACAAUGUGCGGCCGGGGCCCGCCGCUGCAAUGACCGUUCCUCAGCGGCAACUCGCCGGGCUCUGGCCGUGGCUGCUAAUGGCGGCCCUUCAGGUAGUGCUCGGGCAGACAGGACUGGAGCUGGCGGCGGCGGCGGCGGCGUCGGAACGGUCUGCGACCAAAGCUGUCAUCAAAGUGACACUUCUCAAACCAGACUCGGCGGGGAAGUCUUACAUGGAAGUGGAGGGGGUGUUCGCGGGAAGCAACGGAAGGGGUUCAACCGAAGGGAAGCUGAUGCAGUCCCACCCGCUGUCCCUGUGUAACACGAGCGACGACGAGCAGCAGGAGGCGCUGUUUAUCAGCAUUGUCAAGUUGGAGAGUCCUGACAGAGAGCUGCAUCCCUGCCUGUCGCUGCUCAAAAAGGCACGCCUGGCAUUGGAUCGGGGAGCUCAAGCUGUCAUCUUCGACGUUACUGAUGAUGCAACAGCUGCUGAAAAGCUGCGUCAGUCUGAUGAUCUGCUCAAACCGGUGGUGCUGGUCCAGGCCAAGGAUGCCGAGACCCUCAUGGAGCUCGUCAACAACAACCAGGAGGCCACAGUGCAGAUCGAUGUCAGGCUCGAGCAGGAAGGGCAGCACUAUGAUGUUGGGAUCCUCCUCACUGUGGUUACUGCCUUGCUGGUUAUCAUCCUGAUUUUUGCCUUUCGCUUCAGGUGUAGACAGAACAGGAACAGGGAUUCCAUGCAGCAGCAGACUAUCCGUGCCAUCAGCCGUCUGCAGACCCGGAUGUACAAAUCCCAGUGCCGCUCGGGGAGCCAGAGGUCAAGGGGCAAGUGGGAAUCUGCCAGCAGCAGCAACUCCAGCCCUGUAUGCGUCAUCUGCCUGGAGGAGUUUGCCGAUGGACAGAACCUGCGUGUUAUUUCGUGCUUUCAUGAGUUUCACAAGAAGUGCGUGGACCCCUGGCUGCUCCAGCAUCGUACCUGCCCGCUCUGCCUGCACAACAUAAUGGAGGCAGAAUCUAUGCCCGGACAAAUCACCCCUGGGAGACACCUGCAGCAGCACCCCUCUGCCAUCCCCCUGCGGCCCUACCCCCACUCAGCCCCAAGGCAGCCCACCCACAUGGGCCGCUACUUUCCACCUCCUCCUUUGGACCCUGCCACUGUCAGGUAUCUGCCCAACAGACAGCUGGUACCAGUCCUUCAGAGGUGCAGCUACAGCCACGGCGAGGGGCUUCCAAUCAGGCAGUACACCAACAUGUGCUGCAGGCCCCCUUUUCCGCCUGAGCAGCAUUAUCAAGGCAGGCCCUGCGCCCCUCUGCACCGAUCAGCCUGGUCAGCCCCACGCAGUGCCCCCAACUCCCGGCACCACAGCCGAGGGGGUGGGCACAGCCGGCAGGACGACGGGAGCUGCUCGGGGGGCAGCUUUCGGACAGAGAAAAGUGGCUACCUGGCUGACGGGCCUGGCAGUGACUCCAGCUCAGGGCCUUGUCACGGCUCCUCCAGUGACUCUGUUCUCAACUGCACCGACGUCAGCCUCCAAGCCGUCUACGGGAGCUGGUCCACCUUCCGCAGCUCCCUGAGCAGUGACUACGAUCCCUUUGUCUACUGCGGUGAGAGUGGAGGAGGAAUGGAGAGCGGAGGCAGACCCAGGUCUUUGGACUCCAUGGUCAAUCGGACUGGUUCCUGUCCAGAGGAGCAGGUUUUCAACCAUGUCCACUUCCACCGACACAGACACCACCACUAUGGAGAGGGCCGGAGCAGCAACCAUAGGCCUGCCAGGAGCUCCGACAGGGAGCUGUGUGCCUCCGAGUCCCCAGUCACGGACGGUUUACAAUCCAGGGUGGGCGAAGUGCACCACUGCCAGCCAAAAAGCUGCUCUGAAGGGCAGCACGACGCACCCGGCCUGUGUCCUUGUCCCAAAGCCUGGCACGACCCUUUGGAGAGCCCAACACCAAGAGCAGUAGAGGAGGGGCGAGAUGCAGAGGAGAACGGACAGGCUCCUGCCAUGCUGCCUCUGCUGGAGGGGUCUAGACCCCCUGAGGAAAGGGAUCAGAGCAGGGGGGGGUCGGGGCCCAAGCCAGCACAGGAAGAUUGUUUAUACUGCCCAGACUCGCUCAGUAAUCAGGGAUCAGAAGAGGAGGCCGAGACGAUGGGUCAGCACACAGUGUAACCCUUAAAGGGCAAAAUAGUUGUUGAAUCAAGGUUGAGUCUUCCAGAGCCAGACCGACACAUUUUCUAUGUACAUCUCUCUGUGUGGUGUGGCGUCCUGUCUCUGUGGGCUGUGAUGAAAAGCCUGGCUGUCAUGGUGAGAUCUGUAGCACAAGGGAGAUUGGAAGAGUAAUAUACAAAUCCCACUAUGAUAAGUAAAGAUCCCCUUUAACCCAGUAAACCAUUCUGACUGAGCACUGGCCCAGACAGGGAGACACUGCAGCUAUUUCUAGUGCUGGCUUCUCACUGUAAACAUUGCAUAUAUGUGUGGAUGCCGUGGCACGCUAGCAGUUUCUUUUUAAGGACAAUCUUACCUGGUCCAGCCAUGUUCUGCACUGUUGAAUUAAAUUAAAUCUCCCUCAAGACCCUACAUUUGUUUAUUUAUUUUUUUGACCAAUGAAACCCAGGACCAUGAUUGGGACCCCCCACCACCCUAGUAGGUGACCAAAGGCCGCACCUUCAAGUCAAGUGACUGUCCCAGCUUGUGGUCAUCUACAGGCUGCAGGAAAUCUCACAAAAUGACAACCAGGUAAAAUCUUUCAUACACAUGAAAGACUUGACCAAUGAGAUGGGCCACUGCGUGUCCUAGUUCCUCACAACCAAGUGUGACCAUUAGCAGUGAAGAUUGUCCUAAAAUCUGGCUAGUGUAUGAAGGCCAAACAGACAUUGAAAAAAUACACUUAUCAAAACGUGUGUCUACCAGACCGAGAAGAUUUAUUCAUUUUAUUUGGCCGCUGUGCCUGCCACUGUAGGUCAAUGCAAUCCCACAUCCUGAUCCUCUGCCUGUUAUUUUACUUAUAAAAUGCUCUUUCAUCUGCCUAGGAUAGCCAAACUCUGAUGCACAGUUCCCUAGCCCUGUCAAGUCUUUUGGUACCCGGGGUGUUUUAAAAACACGGAGAUGAAGAAAAGGCUUAAAAAUGAGGAAACAAUCAAAUUCAGUGGAUCUUUUUGGGGGUUUGGAGGGGUGCAUCAAUUUCAUUGGCAAUUUACAGUUUUGUCACUUCUCU